AUGGCCGAAUAUCUCUAUGUAAGUUAAUUAAAUGUAAAAAGCCUUAAUAAACUUAAUAAAUGCCCUUAUACUUAUGACUGUGUCUUAAUCAAAAACCCAUAAAACUUUAGUUGAUCGAAGCACUACAUUCAUUCAUCAGUGUGUUCCAGUUGCAAUACAUAAUGAUGUUUUGUAUAAUUUUAGACUACUUUUGCAUAACAUUGUGUAUUGAGGUAAGUAAACGAUUUAACAUAAAAGAUCAAAAUAAUAUUAUCUUAAAUCGCAAGUGUAAUAAGAAUAUAAAUUACUUAAUAAAAUUUUUAUUUAUUAAAGAUUGGAAUGCUUUGGUAUCUAAGCAUGUCACUGACAUUAUACUUAAAAUACAAAUUUUACCGACAAACGUGUUAUACAUCGCACCACACCAUGCCAAAAGAUUUCUUGAUGCUAUUGUCUAGAAUUCAAUCAGAAGCCAGUAGAAUGUGUAUGACUGAUAAAGAUUAUUUGACUCAUCUUCGUCUGUCAACAAGAACUAAAGUAUAUAGUCAUGUUUUUUUACAUUUAACAAACUAUUUCCUUUGUGGAUGCGCUUAUGUUAUGUCACAUACAAAAAAAUAAAAAUUUCCGGAUGUUUGAAACUACUUAAAACAAGAGUUAGCCCUACUCCACCCUGGCCCUCACGCCUUUAUCCAUACCCACUCUACCCCUGACCUUUUUAGCCCUACCUCACCCUACCCCUGAAUUUUUUACCCUACCCUACUAUACCGAUCCAUCCUACAUAACAUACCAUACCAUGCCCUAUGUUAUCUGCUAUACAAUACCAGCCCAUCCUAUCAAAUAUUAGGGUAAAAUACUUUGGGAGUUAAGUUACCUAUUUACCCCUUAGGGUACUACUGUUAGUCCCUACUAGUACUAUAAAGAUAGUACACCUAGCCUGCGCCUUGUCCGGGUAGUUUGGACUUGCUGACCUAUCUCCCUAGCCUAUCAAUUAGGUACGGUGAUAAGAUUCCUUCUUACUGAUGAUAUAUAAUAUUUAUUUAUACUUCAAAAAAUAAAAAUAAAAAUACAUGUUACUAUUAACUAUAAAAACGAUUUCAGAAUACAACACAUGGUUAAACUGCUGGAAGGCAAAGUACCAAAGCAACGCAGAUCUCAAAGGCGUAAAGGUAGAAAGUACAACAGAACGUCAGCUCGUAACAACAAGAGGGCUUCCACGUACACAGUUCACGGAAACAGGCAUGAAAAUGCGUGUCAGAGGAAAGCACCACCCCAACUACAUCUAUAAUAACGAACAUCGAAUCAAAAUUAAAAGACAUAGAUUUUUGAAAAGACGUUGUAGGUAUGACAAUUUUAAUUUUUUACUAGUCUAAACGCGCAAAAAACCUUUUAAUUAUAUUACAAUGUUCAACAUUUGUACCUAAAAUUAAUUAACUUACUGUUACUUCUGUGUUUCUCCAGUAGAGCUGCAGAUACUGAUCAAAAGCGUAAAGCAGACGAAGUUAAUCAGUUUGAUUCUAGUCAACAAUCUGGCUAUGAAUCCGGCCAAGUUGCUAGACCCGUUCCAUAAUCUUACUUUGUUACCUUAGUAAAUAAGGCCGUACGAAGCCAGUAGAAGAAGAUGCGAUAACACAGAUACAAAAAGUUGAAACUUUUUGCUAUGAGAACAUAGAAAGUGAAAAAAUUGAAGGUACAUGGGAUCUGACAAGUGAACACCGACGUCAAGCUCCAGUACAGUUGGAGGCCGUCCAGCCAGCCAUAACAUGCCUCAGGGGCUUUUUUAUUGUAUUUUUGUAUUUCGUCUAUAAAAAACCUUAGCAGUUUUGGAACAAAAUAUAAGAUAAGAGUUGCCUUAUCAUAUUUGUUUCUAAUUACUGUUCUUUUACGUAGAUGGAGUUUUUCCUGUGGAACAUUUUUUGAUGUUGACGAGAUAAAUUAUAAUAACAUUUAACAUUUUUGAAACGUAGUUCCACAACGAAAACAAUUCGCGAAAUGCAGUAUGCCAAGCUAUUUUAUUUUAUAUUUUUUUACAAAAAGAUCAAAACUUGAUUCGUUUCGGAGCCGGUUUAAUGUAAAUAAUGCUUAACAGUCACUUAUUUCCAUAGAGAAUUCAAUUACAAGUAAGUUUUGUAUUUGUUCAAUGUUGUGUUAACAUUCUGUUUAAGCAUUAAACCUUUUUAGUCGUUGUUAAGUUCUUAUUUUUACUUUUAGAAGUUGUUCCUUGUUGUUAUAAUAUUGUCUUUUUAAAGUUAAAUGAUUAAAGUUAACAAAAUGUGUUUCAGAUGCUUCAACUAAUAGAAGCAGCCAAUAUUCAUGAGCUCACGACCCAGAGUGUGCCUACUGGGGAAGAGAACUCGGCUCCGUUAGUGAAUGAGUUCUUUGCAACAGUCGAGAAUGGAGGAGCUCCUCUGAUUCCUUUAAUGUUAAAUGCUGGAUACUUGAGGAAUCACAGUGGAGAGACAUUACUGAUCACAGCUGCCAGAACAGGUAAUGCCAAUUCCGUUGAGAAAUUUCGAAACGAGAUUGACGUUGACGAUAUUGAUAACGAUGGCUGGAGUGCGUUGUUAUGUGCCGCUCAUCAUGGUCAUGCUCAAUGUGCAAGAUACCUUUUGGAGGCGGGGGCAGCAGUGGAUCAACCUGAUUUGAUGGGUUGGACACCCUUAAUGUGGGCUUGUUAUAAGAAUCGGCUGGAAGCAGUGAAGGUGUUAUUAGAUUUCCAUGCCCAUAUUAAUAUUGUUGGCGAGGAAGACGGGUUAACUCCACUGAUCAUCGCUUCUGGACGUGGACAUGCUGAAGUUGUUCACGUUUUGUUGGACUCGAAUUCAGAAGUGAAUGCUAGUGACAAGUUUGGAAGUACUGCGUUGAUAUGGGCUGCACGGAAAGGGUAAGUAAUACCAGUUGAGCUACUAUAAAACUAAGUAAAUAAAAAAAUAAAAUUGUUACCUAGUUUUAUGUUUUUAAUUUAAUGUCAGGUACAUUUUACAUUGAAUUUUCUAAAUUUAGGUAUAUUGACAUCGUGGAAGAGCUUCUGAAUGCUGGAGCGGAGUUAGAUGCUGUUGGAAUGUACUCAUCCACAGCUCUGAUGCUGGCCACAAGAGGUUGCCACCUCAAAACAGUCGAAACUUUACUGGCUCGAGAACCAAAUGUUAAUGUAGUUGAUUAUAAUGGACUGUCGGCUUUGGGAAUUGCUGCUCGUGAAGGUUACACUCAGAUUGCACAAGCUCUGCUACAUUCUUCAGCUUAUGUAAAUACGGUAGAUCGUUACGGGAAUUCAAUUCUCGCGAGCGCUGUCAGAAGUGGCAACCUGAACUUGGUCAAAAUGUUAUUGGAGAAGCACGCUGAUGUCAAUGCAAAGGAUUCUGAAGGCCGAACAGCACUGCAUUUGGCAAUCGACAAGAGCUACACUGAUAUUGUGUUAGCCUUGUUAGAGAAGAAGCCGAACCUGGAGAUAAAGAACAAGGAUGGGGAUACGGCGCUGUUACGGUAGGGUCAUCUAGUAGAGUCAAUUUGGUGUAAUUACAAAAAAUUAUAGUACUACAUUAAUUUUUAAGCUUUCUGCUAUUUUUGUUUUUUUUUAUUGUAGGUCUGUCAAGAACCGUGACAUCGCUUUAUGCCAGAUUCUUGUACAUUCUGGAGCCAAGAUCAGCACAACUGAUAACGUUGGUGACAACGCCCUUCAUUUGGCGUUAAGAGCUCGUUCGAAGAAGUUGGCCCAGCUGUUGCUAGUCAACCCAGGAGACUCUAAACUGCUGUAUAGACCAAACAAACUUGGCGAGACACCUUACUCUAUCGAUCAAGAAAGCUCUUCUCCCAUCCUUCCCACUAUUUUCGGACCGAUUGGAGUAGACAUGGAGUUUAACAGUCUUCUGGGCUACGAAGCCUACAGUGACGUACUGGCUGACAUUGUUUGCGAGCCCAACUUGAGUCUUCCGCUGACUAUUGGGCUCUACGCCAAAUGGGGAUCCGGGAAGUCAUUUUUGUUACCUAAAAUCAGAGAAUCCAUGAAGAGCUUCUCCCGCAGCUGGUUGGACGGCCUCGAGCUGUAUUGGAGCUGGACGUUGGUGUUCACUUGUCUGAUACUGUGUACCUUAUUCUCCUUCACUUUCCUCACCUUCUAUGUUCUCAUCGCUCAGAGUUUCAACUUUUUGUAUCCGAGUUUGCUCGGUGGAAUCGCUUAUCUUCUUUUACUGGCUUCGUAUGGCCUCAUUUACUACGGUAGUGAAGUUAGGUUAUGGAAUGGGUCUAUCAACUUGGCCAGACACAUAGCGAGAUUGCUGGCCAGGAUCAAGCUGAUUAUCAGCAUCUUGACACUAAAUACUCCCAUCAGAUCGGACAAAGACCUUAUUGUAAGUCCGGUUGGAUUCUUGUUUGCUGAUGAUCACCGUCUUUCCUUUAUUGGAGGAGAGCAAGCUCUGGUCAACAUUGUACUGUCACUUUACAAUGCAGCUGAAGAACAUUUUGGAUCGGUUCCAGUGAGAAUGUACGCUUCUUUAAAGUCACAACAAGCCCACAGCGACGAGAAAUUGAGGACAAUCUGUGGCAUCCCCGUACUCUUCAACCUCAUAAUCAUGGUCUUCUCAGCUGUCAUAGCAAUGUCACUGAUUCUAUACGAUGCACACACUGGAAACACGAAUCCGGAGCACAGCUAUCAGAUUGGAGCCGGUGUUCUUGGUCUAGUGUUUCUUGGAGCUGCUCUGCCGUUAGUCUACACAUUUACGGUCAGACUAAUGGUGAACCUUCCUCAACGAAGAAUCAAGAAUGUGAUGCAUCGGCUACAUAAUCUACCCUUCGAACGAGUUGUGCAAAAAAUGCAAAAAGAAGUCGAUCUUCUGACCAACUUGAUCCACUCCUUGGAUGCCUUCACCAACUCCCAGACUCGUCUGGUAGUUCAGGUUGAUGGCCUAGACAGUUGCGAACAGACCAACAUGGUGCAGAUUCUGGAUGCCUUGUCUCUGUUCUUCGCUUCACGCCAAAACUCUCCUUACAUUGUGAUUCUGGCUGCCGAUCCACAUAUUAUAAUAUCAGCGUUACAAAAGAAUCUUCGAGGUUCGGCAAAUCUGGAGAUAACAGGACAUGAUUACAUGAAGAAUUUGAUAAGUAUGCCCUUUUAUUUGCACCAUUCAGCUCUACAACAACUGAACAAGAAACAACAAAAUAAGGACAAAGCCAACGGAGGGGGAAUGUACAAUAGAAGACGGUCGGAUACUAUCAGAAGCUCACGCCUUUCUUUGAGGGAGAAAGAACUCAUUAUGACUACUGGGGGUAAGCUUUAAAAUCUAAAAUUAUCAAAAGUUAUGGCUCACAAUUCAAACUAAUGUGUCGUAAAAUUCAUAUACUGUAACAUUUUGUCCUUUCAGGUCAGCAACAGGCGAAAGAAAGCAUAGUUAACAACCUUGGAGCUAACGACCUGUCAAACUUGUUCCCCUCCCACGAUUACUUUUCCAACAUCAACCCUAGAGUUUUACGUCGAAUUGUUAACUCGAUUGCCCUUACUGGUCGUUUACUGAGAUCUUUUGAGGUACAAUUCAAUUGGUUCCUUCUGUAUUCGUGGAUUAGUUUGUUGGAACAGUGGCCCUUCAGAAUGACGUAUUUAGUUGGAUGGGCCUUGGAGAUGGAGGAUGACGAACUUACCGUGCCCGAAUUGUAUGAACUGAAGAAGAAAAGACUACCGACCAACUCCACACUCUCUGAUUUGGACCGUAACCCAUUGGAAUUCGAAGAAAUAAUCGACAAGAUGAAGAACUCAAAGUCAGAACAACUGACUGUUGGCCACAUCAAGGCCUUCUCACCUUGCACUAGCAACUUGGAUCCCUAUUUGAAGAAACUGAUCCACGAACAGAGUAAAGAAGAGUUCGGAGAACAGGACAAAGAAGAAAAGGAAAUCUUCUCCAUGUCACAAUUCGAGAAACAGAACGAAGGGGCCAAGUACUUGUUCGAAGACACCAAUGUCUGGCUUAACAUAACUAAGACUCUGCCUUUAAUGUCGAUCGAUGAAAUUCAAGUUUUGGUCAAAAAGCUGAGGAUACCAGAGAAAAGGAUGCUGGAGUUGUGUCGGAAGAUGUCACAGUACAAUUUGAAUGGAUUGGUGCUUCAUACGUGUAAUCUUGACGACUUGAAGAACACACUAAAUGUAAGCCAGACUUUUUCUACAAGUUAACAGAUGUUAAAUUUUUACGUAAUUUGGAAUUAAUUAAAUAAUUUUAGCUACCGUUGGGUGACUGGGUGCUUCUGAAGAUCCUGCUUGAGAUUCUGAGAGUGUGGAAACCGCAAAUGAGAAAAGCAACAACACACGAUCUAAGUAUGCCAAGAAGCAUCAUAGGGCAUUCUUCUCGGGGCCAAAGUGAAGAACGAGACCUUACCAAUCUCGUCAGUAUCACAGAGGAGUCUAGGUAUGCUACUGAAGAUGGGGAUUCUGGAAAGAAGAGUAGCCCGUUGAGAAGACGAAGUAGCAGUAACAGUGAAAAGGACGAUGACAGUAUCAAAUCAAACAUGGGCUCCAAUCAGAGCCUCCUACAGAAGGAAGACGAUGACGAAGAUAUCGAGUCUGACGAUUAG